AUGGCGGCCUCGGACCAGGGCUUGAGGUAUAAAGAACAUGACGCCACGAAAGCUAACCAUGACUUGGACUUGAGCAACGAACGUUUACGUCUAGAAGGGCUUGAUCUAGACUCCAAGCUUGCUACGGAGGCACUCAAUAUAUUCACAGACUUGUUUCUUCCACAAUUUCCCAUCAUUGGCGCCAUCUGCGCUAAGCAAAUGUACACCCAGAAGCCGUUAUUGUUUUGGACUAUUAUAAUGAUUGUUCUCUCUCACCACCGAGACAUGAUAGAUGGUGAACUCUACAUAUGUUUGAUUCGGUCCUACGAAAAGUGUCUCCGGAACGACAUCAUGGACGCACCUUUGCCGCUGGACAGAAUCCAUGUCCUUUUAUUCUUGAGCGUAUGGCCACUGCCUGUGAUGUUUCAAGCCCGUGACCCAAGUUGGCUGUAUUGUGGGAUGGCCAUUCACGCUUCGCGCUAUUUGGGUCUUGAUCGUGACCAAGUUGUGCCCUCUCUCCGCAGCCUUGGCGUCGCUGCUGGUAGCGCUGAUGAGAGGGUUAACACUUGGUUGGGGUGCUUUUACGCUGCUACAUCUCUUAGCCUUCAUCAGGGGCUUUGUCCACCGAUUGAUGCUGGCUAUGAUCUCACGACCAUUCAGAACUUGCUCCGUCGAACCAAUUUGGAUCACAAGUUCAAAUUCUACGUGAGGGUUCAGGUUGUAGUCGCAAAAUACGCCAGUAUGGUGUCUCACGCCAGCGAUCUGGAUGCAUGUGCGUCCAUAAUGCGGCUUGUGGAAAGCGAACUCGACGUUCUCCAAUCCACCUUCACUGACAGGGAGAACGGAGACUAUGGCGCUGGACCCAGCAUUCUGGACGUCAAGUUGCACUUCUAUGCUCUCCUAAUGACGAAACUAUCACCCGAAUCUCCAUCAUACCACGUCACCUCCAAGAAUGCGCUCACCACUGCGCUGAGAAUCGUACAAAUCUCAACUUUGCAUCAAGCCAUCGAUGGCGGUGGUGCAGAAGACACACUCUCCCUGCGUAAACGCAGGUCUCUGCCAAAGAACAACUAUCGAGGACUGGCCUUUGCCACCAUCCUCCUACUCAAAUUCUUCUACCUCAACAGCGCAGCCCCGAAAGAAGAGCAAGCCGCUGCGGCGACUCAUAUCAAACUUGCCCAGAAUGUGUUCUCAGUCUGUUCUUUUGAAGACGGUGACGAAUAUGCCAGAGCAGCCAAAGUAUUUGAGACAAUUGCACGGCUGAACCAGGAUACACUUGAUUCAGCUUUGAAGCUGCGGCUUACGCACCUCAUGGGCGUGUCGAUUUUCCUGGAUGCAUUGAGUACUGCCGCAGAGAUACGAGGUAGACCAGUCACCAUUCGUGAAGGCGAAACACUUGAAGAGUUGAGCGCAGAUGGCGGCGACCAGUCCAUUCAAACUGAGCGACUCCCAGUUUCGUCUCCUGGCGCAGAACAAGCGGGCUCGAUGAUGGACUUUCUUCUUGAGUUUUGGGACGGGCCGCUUCCGGAUCUGAAUAUGGCCGAUAUUGACUCCAGCCUCCAGCUUGAGUGA